AUGCUGUCGGACCUCGCGGACCUCAUCGAGGAGGGCCACCUGGACCAGCGCGCGAGCGUGCGGUCGAAGACGAGCGCGAACCUCGCGGGUCGGCGGCGGAGCUCGCAGCUCGGGCGCGACGACCUGUCGACGGGCAGCGAGGCGCCGACGAACCGGCGCAGCGUCGUCCGGCAGGCGCCCGAGCCCGCGGGCCGCAAGGCGCUGCGCAACAUCCGCAAGGCGUCGCGGUCCUACGAGCACGUCGCGGCGAGCAGCCGGGGCGCCAUCCACGUCGGCAAGGCGAGCCACCACCAGAAGCGCGCGUCGCGCGACACGAUCCGCUACCAGAAGGAGAAGCUCGCCAACGCGGCCAAGGGCCGCGAGUUCGAGGAGAGCUCCUGGUCCCUCGCCUCGGCGGAGGCCGUCGAGGACGACGAGGCCGAGGCGCUGCUCGACGCGCAGCUCGAGUACGUCCAGUCGCUGAGCACCGUCAUGACGCUGGACCUCGAGAGCUCGCGCAAGGAGUUCGAGGUCGGCGUGCGGCGCAACCGCAAGGAGAUCGUCAAGCACGCGUCGCUCCAAGAAGGAAAAAUCGGCUUCAUCGACAAGAUCCAGCGCAUGAAGCUCGCCAAGGACGCGAAGCACGAGCCGAAGAAGAAGCUCCACGUCGAGGAGGAGCUGCGCGCGUCGCCGCGCCGGGCCAUGCUCGACCGCGACGGCGCGUCGCAGCGCGCGCGGAGUCUGGGCGGCUCGUCGCUGCUGCGGUCGGCGAGCGCGCGGCCGUCGACGGCGCCGCCGCCGGGCUCGCCGGCCGCGGGCCGCGCGCGCGCUCGCUCCUUCGGCGAGCCCUCCUCGCCCGGCGGCGCGAGCCUCGCCAGCGACGACCGCACCUUCGACGGCGCGACGGUCAUGACCGGCGAGGAGGGCCUCUUCCAGGAGUCGUGGUCCGAGGCGCGGCUCGCGCCUCUGCUGCAGAAGACGGACCGGCGCGAGGACUUUGACUACCUCGACGACAUGGAGAUGGACGAGUACCCGCCGCCCUACCUGAAGCAGCGCACGCAGGACGCGAACAUGCGCACGCUCUACGGCAAGCGGGGCCGGCCCGGCGCGCGGUCGAAGAAGUGCGCCGUCGCGUUUUUGGGCAGCUUCUCCGUCGCGGCGCCCGUCGACGCGGCCGCGGAGCGGCGCUCGCUCGCCACGUCGAGCCUCGGGCGCGUCAUGGGCCUCGCGCAGAUCGCCCGGGACGCCGAGGCCGACGAGGCGGCGUCGUCCGAGAUCGCGCCCGCGCCCGGCACCGCGGAGCCGUCGUUCGAGGCCGAGAGCCUGCCGACGGCCGCGUCGCUCGUCGACGCGCCGCCCGAGGGCGAGGCCCUGUCGGAGACGCCGUCCGUGGCGAACCUGUCCAAGGACGAGGAGGCCAAGUACUUCGGCGACGACGCGCGCGCGAGGUUCGCCGCGGCGUUCCGCGCGUUGUCGAAGCAGGCGGCGAUGGUGACGUCGCUCGACGAACUCAAGAUGGUGGGCCCCGUGGACUACGUCCCGGAGCUCGACGACUCCGACGACGACGACGACCGGGACCCGGGCAUCUUCGCGGACCCGGCGAGCCCGCGGCACCAGUUCCUCAUCGAAUUGGUGCGCAUGCGCGACCUGCCGCCGGAAUGCGUGCUCCUGCGGCGGGACCUCACGACGACGCUGAACCUGAGCCACCGGGGCCUCGGCGACGGCGUCGGCGAGGUGCUCGUCAAGGUCCUGCCCAAGCUGCCGGAGCUCGGGGAGCUGCUUUUAGCGGACAACCGGUGGACGGACGUCACGAUCGGCCCGCUCUUCCGCGCGCUCGAGAAGAUGGGGCCCAAGCUCAAGACGCUGGACCUCUCGCAGAACGAUCUGGACUGGCGGUCCGCGGCCCAGCUGUCGAGCUUCAUCAAGCGCAAGGUCUGCGGUUUGGUGGAACUCAGGGUGGCGCACGCGGACUUCGACGAUUCGGAGCUCGCGUCCGUCAUGGACUCCGUGAAGACGAACCGGACGCUGCGCACGCUGGAUCUCCGGGGCAACGGCAUCGGCGGCGCCAACGAGCUCUACGGCGCGUCGGGCUACGCGACGAAGAUGGUCAAGGUCAAGGCCACGCCCAUCGCCGGGAAACCGGUCCUCGCGGCGCGCGGGUCGUCGCGGCGCGGCUCCGUGUCCGAGAGCCGCCUCGUGGCCAAGGAGCGCAACGAGUUCUCGAGCCGGCGCCUGCGCGACUCCGGCGGCGGCGGCUUCGGCGACCUCGCCAAGGCGAAGGAGCAGGCGUCGCUCGUCGCGGGGCUCACGGAGCAGGCCAAAAGGGCGCAGCAGCAGGGCUCGGGCUGCCUCGAGCUCGGCGCCAUGCUCGUGCGCAACACGACGCUCACGCACCUGGACCUGUCCUGGAACCGCAUCAGCGGCCGCGACGCGGCGCUGCUGGGCGACGCGCUCGCGGGCAACGACGGCCUCACGUUUUUGUCGCUCGCGUUCAACGCGCUCGAGGACAGCGGCGCGCAGCAGAUCGCCGCGGCGCUCAAGUUCAACGACAUCCUCGAGCACCUCGACGUGUCGGGCAACAACGUGGGCCCCAAGGCCGCCGUCGUCUUCAGCCACGCGCUCCGCGAGAACACGAAUCUCCGCGCGCUCGUGCUCGACACGAACCCGCUGGGCUUCGACGGCGUGCGCGCCAUCGCGCGGUCCUUCAACUUCUUCAUGAACAAGCCGCGAAUUAGCCUCGAGGGCUGCUUCCACCAGCGCCACAAGCAGGAGCUCUACGGCGAGCCCGACGCAAACGCGAUGGAGGUCGGCGAGGGCGACAGCGAGCCGCUCCGCGCCGCGGCGCUCGCGUACAGCGUGGGCAUCCCCUACGAGGUGCUGGAGAAGACGACGCAGGAGCGCACGGAGACGGCGGCGGAGACCCUGGAGCGCAAGGCCCAGGAAUUCCUCCAAAAGGUGCCGCCGCGCGACGUCGACCGCGCGCCCUUCGACCCGGAGAUGCCCAAGGGCUACUACCAGCUCGAGCUGGCGAAGCCCUACCACCGCGCCGUCGCCGACGAGAUUUUUGAAUUGUGCGCCCGGCGGCCGGGCGUGCGGCUCGCGCGCGUGUCCUACAGCGAGGCGCCCGUCGAGAGCCGCGCCGAGGACUCGUUCCGGCCGCUGAAGCUCGGCGCGCUGCGGCCCGCGCCCCAGUGGGGCCUCAACGGCAUCCCGCCCAAGGUCGGCGCCGAGCCCGCCGAGGACGCGGCCAAGGAGUUCCUGGACCUCGCGGAGGAGGACCACGGCGCGUUCCACCGCCGCGAGUCGCACGCGUUCGCGAUGCCGGGCUUGGCGCAGUUCCAGGAGCUGCGCAAGGCCCGCCAGCUGCGGGCCGCGAAGGUGGAGAAGGCGAAGAACAAGGCCAUGCGCCUCAUGAAGAUGCUCAAGGUCAUGGGCAAGGCCGAGGACUCCAAGCGGCGGCUGCCCGUGCCCGUCGACGGCUCCGACGCGCCGUUCGCGCAGUACGCGCGCGAGGAGGCCAUCGAGGCGCUCGAGGCCCACGCCGUCGUCGACCUGAGCCAGCGCGCGGAGUGCCAGGUCAAGUACCAGCUCCCCGCGGAGGGCUGCCUGCGCGUCGAGGUGAAGCUCGUGCCGCGCCUGAGCUCGCAGCUCGAGUUGCUGACGCGGGAGGGCAUGGACGAGCUGUUGCGCUUCAUCCGCGAGAACCACGGCAUGGAGCACCUCGACGUGAUCCGCGCCCUGACCAUGGACCACCGCUUCCUCUGCCGCCAGGUGCAGGAGCUCAUCCAGGAGCUCGCGGGCGGCGUGAGAGUCGAGGACGGCAACAUGAACGUCGUCGCGCUCUUCGAGAUGCUCCUCCCGCGCGUCAUCGACAACAACUGCGUCGAGGCGCUCGUCGACGCGAACCUGUCGCUCAAGCAGCGGCGCGAGCUCCACCGCAAGCUCGGGAACUUUUUGCCGCCGUUGUUCAACAGCUUCAACGGCCACUACGUGCUGGACCUCGCGCGGGAGAAGGACCGCGUCUGCGCCAUGCGCCUCGCGGCCCACAGCUUCAAGGAGCGCGUCUUCGUGCGCGGCGCCUGCCGCACGAGCCUCGGCGACAGCGGCCCGGAGGGCGCGCCCUUCAUCGGCGGCUUCGCGGAGGAGUCGAUCGACCCGCGGAACGCGCGGAAGAUCUGCAAGAGCCUCUACUUCACCGAGGGCACGGCCCAGCGCUACGGCGUCGGCGCCUUCCGCAACGCGACCUACGGGCGCAAGCCCCUCUGCGGCGCCAUCGGCGACGACUUCUUCGCGAACGUCGUCCUCGCGGAGAAGCCCCGCGGCACGUUCGAGUUCGACUACAGCUCCAUCCUCCCCGUGGAGCAGGGGUCCAAGGUCAUGACCGACGCCGAGUUCGAGCGCACGCUCGACGAGUGCGGCCUCCCGCUCAAGUGCAUCACGCUCAGCGACAAGCAGGCGCACCUCUACCUCGACCCGGCGAACGACGAGCCGCCGAAGGGCGCCGGCGACAAGGCCGGCGACCCGGCGGACAAGCGGCGGCGCCACCGCACGAACAUCGGCCUGGGCCAGCCCGCGGACCUCGUCAACACCUUCUAUCGGGCGCGCGCCGCCGUCAUCGACGGCCGCUUCUUCAACGACGAGCCCGCGACGCUCGACUCGCACCGCGACGUCUACAUCAACGCGCACGACCGCAACAACGUCAUGGCCUUCGUGGACCUGCCCAAGAAGGCGCAGCAGACGCCCCAGCAGAUGAUGGCCAAGAACAACUCGACGAACAUCGCCCUCAUCCUCGCGUCCAUCAACCGCUUCAUGCGCGAGCCGCGCGGCGUCGCGGACCUCGCGCCCGUGUCGGGCGCCAAGGCCGAAUUCCUGCGGAACCACCAGCUCGGCCUCGUCGAGCCCGCGGCGGACCCGCGCACGGGCGGCAAGCGGGGGCGCUUCACGGAGGUCAUGUCCGCCCUCGACAAGCCCCGGGCCACGGUCGUCCAGCAGCCGCAAAAGCCGAAGACGCGCGCGACGCAGCUCGAGGAGCUGGCCAUGGCCCGCGCGCCGACCAUGGACAAGGGCGCGCUCUUCGGCGACCUGGGCGCCAUCACGACCAUGUCGCGGGGCGGCGACGACGACGACGACGACGACGACGACGACGACUCGAACGACGAGUCCCUGAGCUCCGAGGACGACGAGUCGCCGGCCGCGCGGCUCAAGGCCGUGCUCGACGAGCGCGUCGGCGCGACGAUCGUCGGCGGCUGGACGGCGGGCGCCGUCGAGGCGCUCUGGAACGCCAUCUCCAAGAAGGAGGCCUGCCUCAUGGUCAAGGACUCGACGACGGUCGUCCGCGUCGUCCACGUCGUCAAGGUCCGCGUCCUGUCGCGCGGCGGCCGCAAGGUCCUCGUGUCGACGCGCAAGAACCCGGCGGGCCCGGACCGGAGCGCCGACGCCGCCAACGAGUGGCACGCGAACGCGACGGCCGUGCGCACGUGGCUCGGCGCGACGCUGCCCCUCAUCCAGCACGGCGCCGCGAUCAAGCCCGCGAUCCCGCCGAGCCACGCGGCGCUCAUCAUCGUCCAGCAGCGCAUCCUGGCGCCGCUGAAGCUCCGCCUGAAGAGCUCCCACCUCGUGCACCAGUCGUCCGUGGAGACGGACCUCGCGCCCGAGUUCCCGCACCAGUUCCCGGGCGUCGAGACGCGCGCGGUCUACGACUUCUACGACUGCCACGUCAACUUCAAGCCGUCGAUGACGGAGACGCGCAUCGAGGAGUGCCUCGAGCGCGCCGCGCGCGCGGCGAACCCGGGCGAGGCCUUCGAGGCCGCGGCCGAGAGCGACGAGAGCGACGAGAGCGACAUGUUCGACAGCGACUUCGACGACGACGACGAGUACGACAGCGACGACGGCGGCGACGGCGACGACGGGUCCCAGGCGACGGGCUUCAGGUCCAUGUCGACCUGCGGCGAGGGCGACGCGCGGGGCAUCGAGUCCUACCGCAUGCACAGCGAGCUCGCGUUCGCGGGCGGCAACUCGCUGAGCGCGGCGACGACUUUAACCCUGCGCGACGAGUGGCACUUCGUCGAGCGCGCGCGCGCCGACGACGUGCCCGUGCCGCCGCCGUCGCUGCCCCAGCUGCUGAGCGAGCUGCGGUGCCGCUUCGGCAACGAGACCAUGAGCAGCCGCCAACUGGCGCUCGUCGCCGCGCUGUUCCCGGCGAACGGCAUCCGCGAGCACCGGUUCCUGCAGCUCGCGCGCGAGGGCCACGCCAAGGCCGCGCCGGUCAUGCCCAAGGUCCACGCGCGCGGCGCGACGCCCAUGGCGCCCACGGCGAAAUCGGGCGACGCGGCGGGCGGCGACGGCGGCGACGACACGCGGACGCACCACGUGGUCGUCUACCGCGAGGAGGUCAUCGCCUGCCUCGUGAACAAGGUCGACGACGUCGAGCACUUCCGCACCAUGUGCCGCGCGACGCCCUGCAACCUGGGCGACGAGACGUGGAAGCGGCUCGUGCGGCGCCUCGGGUGCCUCAACGUCUGCGACCCGCUCCACGUCGACGACCUCUACGACCUCGACCUACGCUACCCCGACGAGCGGCGCAUGGUCGGCGUGCUCGCGCGGUGCAACGUCCACGACCACGGCGAGAACUUCAAGGACCCCGUCUUCGUGCCGCGCCAGGACCGCGAGCCCGUGCCGGGCUGGACGCUGCCCGCGUCCUGGGACGGCGCGACCUACGACGGCCAGAACCACGCGGGCGUGCCGACCAUCGGCCACCUGAGCCUCUGGUACGCGACGUCGAAGAAGGACGUCGACCGGGACCACGUCGCGGAGACGGAGAAGUUCCGCAAGGACCUCCGGGACCGCUUCUUCAAGCUCGGCCUGCCGCGGCCCGUGCCGCCCGCGUCGAACCUCGCCGAGUCCGCGCAGCGCGAGAUGCUCGUGCCGGCGCACAACCGGUCCUCCGCGUCGCAGAACCAGUCGCCCUCGGGCACGGCGUCGAGGCCGGCGCAGCGCAGGUGCGUCUCCGUUCCGCACUUCGCCGUGUCGCAGAUGAGCACGGUCUCGCUGCAGCUCGCGGUCUCGCCCUUGCAGACGCUGCACGGCUCCUCGGCGCGUUCGACGAACCGCGGUGGUGGAGCGCGGCUUCGCGGCUGCAGCGCCUGCAGCGCUUCGUAG